GCUCGGGGGGCCGCAGCUCCUCCGGAAGCGGCCGCUCGAGGGACGAGCCGAGGAGGCACACCCUCGGUGGCGAUCAUCAACCCUCUCUUCAUCAUCAACAAUUCAACGCGGCGCAGCAGCUGCACCCCCUUCAUCCGCAUCAUUUGCCGCCACCACACGGCCAGUACGGCACUCCGCCCUCACGGCACACCACCAUGGAUCUCGAGAUGGGGACCAAGUCUCGCCAGAGAAAGUCGCCUCUUCCGCGCGGCUAUCCACCCCCUUCGACGAUGCUUUUCGAUGACGACCCGGGCAUCAUGUCCGAGGUGGAGACUUCUAGCACGGGAUUUCGGCGAGGGGGCAAGCAAAGAAGUAGCCUGCCCGUCGUACGAACGCCCAGCAAGACUUUGGAGCGACCACUAGGACUGGUGUUCCUGCAAUAUAGGAACGAGACGAAGAGAGCAUUACUGCCGAACGAGAUUACCAGUAUAGAUACCGUUAAAGCUCUUUUCGUCAGAAGCUUUCCGAAACAACUUACUAUGGAAUAUCUGGACAGUCCUCACGUAAAAGUUUACAUACACGAUAGCAACAAGGAUAUGUUCUAUGAACUCGAAGAUUUAAGAUCACACCUGAGAGAUAUUAGGGAUCGCAGUGUCCUAAGACUUUUCGAGAGUGCCGAUGGAGUGACGGGGAUGCCGGGGCCCUUGGGGGUGCCGGGUGGCGGCGGCGGUCUGCCUCCCCAUUGGGAAGAUCAGAGCUACUUCAGCGAACCGGAAUUCGACAGUGAAUAUCAGCAUCAGCACAUUCACAAGAGCAAGACGGCCAAGAACUCGACGUCCGGCAGUGGAUACUAUGUGGGUGGAAGCAGCACCCUACCGCGCGGUGGGCCUCUUCUAAGGGCGUACAGCCCAGCGGCGUCGAGCGUCGGUCCAAGCGCGACCCCGACGCAGCCCAAGACUCUCACCACACCAGAUGGUUGGAUAGGAGGUGUUGGCGGGGUGCCGCCGGCCAAGCCGCUUCGCAGCUACCAGUGUGGUAAGAGUCCCCUUGGAAGCCUCGGGGGCUCGGCGCGCUUCUCUAGAGACAGCUCGGUCUCCCUCUAUAGUAUACCAGAUCGGCUACAUGGAGAAAGCGGAUACAUGAGCAGCCCCGAGCGCGGCGGCGGAGUCGGUUCCGGAAGCGGAAGAUAUCCACCCGGACCUUACAGCGCCGGCAGCAGCUACGAGGAUCCGUAUUAUUCGCAAUACUCGGGGACUGUUACGCCUGUCAUCGACGAAGAAGCCAGCGAUACGGAGCUGUUGGAGGAAUCGUACAGCCUUUACGGCGUGAAACCACCGGGGCGUCCGCCGUCUGGUCCCCCGCGGUCCCCGUUUCCUCCGGGGGCGCCACCCUUGCCACCCGGCGGACAGGGCUACGACGCUACUCGGAUAAGAGUGGAGCACAUGGAAAGACAACUGGCCAAUCUAACCGGGCUCGUGCAGAAGGCACUGACACACGCGCCGCACACCAGCCCUUCGCCGCGAGAGUACUUGCAAGUCCCACCGGGACGUGAUCCUUACGCGAGAGCAGCAGUGUCUCAACCUGCCGUUACAGAUGACUCGUACUUAAGGACUGACGUUAAACCGCCAAAAUUAGGCAAAGACAAGUCGGUGUCGUUUGAAAAAUCAGUGUCCUUCAGUGACGAGCCACCAGAUAUGAACUCCCCCAAACAACAUUCCCCACAACAUGCAGCGGAUACAAAACCCACGAAACCGGCAAUCAAAUCCUCCACGUUGCCGAGGAUGUCGUCGCAAGAGAGAGACAGGCACAAGCCGACACCACCGCCGAAACCGGCCGCCCUGGUGGCUGGUCAGUACGUGUACAGGGAUUUAGCGCUCACACCGGAGAUGUACAAUCAGCUGAGAGGUCUGCAGAAGAAGGCGAAGGAUCUUAGGCAAGAAGUAAGAAAUUUGAGACGUAUGUCGCAAGCCCAGGCCCACACAGUGCGUGAGACCAUCAAAGACACGUUUAUCACGAUUAGGGCCAUGCUAUUAUCGGGAGGAGACGCAGUUUGGACGGCUGGGGACACGGAGAAGAUUCGACUGAGCCGCGAGGAAGAUCUCUACAAACAGGAAGUGAUAAGGCUGGAAAAAGAUCUCACCGAGCUCGAGAGCACCGUGGAGGAGCUUCGCGGUAACGUAAUCAAUAGAAAGACGCGUGUCAAUAUGUCGGAUGUGGAGAACAUGGCUUUGAUAUUGAGUAAAUCCAGCAAAACUGUGGCCGACCUGAAAGUUCGAUUCCCGAGUUUGCAAGAAGGUAUGAAAGGUCUGCUGAGCUCCGAAAUGGAAAAAGUGGUGCGAGAAGAGAAGUUUCUGAAGGAAGAACCCGAACGACUGGAGUCCGCAUUGAGACGUUGCAAGAAACUCACCGGCACCCUCGUGACGCUUAAACGCUUGGCGUCGGUGCAAGAGCAGCGAUUACCAAACGCAGCAAGUGUAGACGCCGAGGACACACCGCCUAUAACACCGACGACAGCACAGCAUUCCAAGGCAACUGCCCCUGUGCCAGCGGAACGCACUGUCGUGGGGUCAGCGGGCGUCCUCGGGGGAGGGGGCCACCCUCACGAGCCAUCCGCCGACCAUCAGCAGCGUCCGGAGAACGCACUCGACGCUCUGCUAGACGAGUUGCAGACCUUCUCCCGACCAAGCUCACAAAUGGGCCACGUGUCAAGCAGCCUGUCGGUGCAUCCAGGUUCGAACACGCUCCUGGCCGACAUCGGCCGCACCUCCAGUCUCCGAGAUACGCCGAGCGUCGUGGCGACCACCGGUGGCAGUGGACGCGCGCCCAACAUCAGCGAUAUCGGUCGAAAGGGCAGCGUGGAUUCCUCCAGCGGUACCUUGACCGCACCCACCGUCGGCCUGAUGGGCUUGCCCGGGAUGGCACCGGGCGGCACUCUACGUCGUCUGCAUUCAUAUCCCUCGAGCUCAGACACUGAUACCUCACCACCUAUCGCUAGGCUGCAGGCGCUGUCGUUGGACCAACAGGUAUUGCAGCAACAGCAGCAAACACAGCCAGGCAUGCCGGUGCUACCACAGAACUUUUUGCCCGGACAAAAGCCGCCAGUACCGGAACGGAACGCCGAGCUGCUGCAGCUGGCGACCGCCAGAAGAGUACCGCCGCCACCACCGCCGCGCACCAGUUCCCGAUCGCCUCUGGCAAGUCCUACCAGCCCGCAGUUGCCGCCCAGAAAUCAUCCGUGCAAUCUGCAGAGUGGCAACGCGACCUUGCGCCGACCCUCGCGCAACAACAGUCUCGUCGGCAAGGAGGGUAAGCCGCCGAUGGCUCUACCAUCGAAUGCAACUAUCCUGUCCACUGUGGACCAAGUCGCUGCGUCCUCGUUGGCCCCAACCGCGCCAGGUGUCGCCGGGCCGCAUAAUUCGUCAUCCUCGCAAUCUUCCGCGGUGUUGUCAACCAGUAACUCCAGCUCUUGUGAGAGCGUCAAUUCGCAGGAAGGACUGCAAAGCAAGCGCGGUCGCCAGGAACAACUGGAGCAACGACAUCAGGAGCUUCUCAGGAAACAGAAGGCUCUGCAGGAGCAGUACGCUCGGCUACAACAACUGCAAAGAAACGCGGCAGGUCUCACCACUGUACCACCAGCACCGCCUGAUCUCCUAAAGAAGACUGGUUCCGAGAGUAAUCUCCUGGCGAAGAUGGGCCUCGGCCUGAGUACGGCAAGUUCCGGAUCCCUCACCAGCCUCAGCAUUAAGCCUCAAAUCUCGCAGGAGAUCACGAUCGACGGUGGUAACCAAGUAGCCAAGGUUGAGAUCAUCAACGGACAAACGAUUCCAACGACCGGGACGGCGUCGACCAACGGCCAGGUCUCUGGUACCACGUCCACAACAGUGGUAUCGAGUACGACCACCGGAUCAGCUACCACCGUCACUACGUCCACCACGACCACCAGCAAGGUCUAUGAGACGGACAUUCUGUGACCGAGAAGCCGCUCGCUGAUCGGCUGCUCGACCGUCAAGGUUGCCACUGAAAUCGCGCUAGCGAGUUAACACGGCGAGGUCGCAAGACUGCUAUUUUUGGUCCUCGGACAACAAUCCCCAGGCAGAUUGUUCGUUAAAUGAGACGAGUAAGAAGAAGGGAACGAAAUACAAAACCGGAGAAAAUUGGAGUUCGACAACAAGGAAUUGCUAGAAUUAAGAAGACCAAAUUGGCUGGCGGAUAGGAAAGAACGCGAACCGAAGAACAGGAAGAAUGAAAGGUGGAGGAAGAUUGCUGCUUCCGGUAUUCUGAACGACGAGGACGUCGCCGUACGCGGGCGCUUGGAGCGUCUCUUGGAAAGUAGAGUACAGCGUAGGGAUUCAGCGCUAGAGACGCGAGUAAUAAUACCGCACUAAUCGUUAUGAUUAAAUAUAGUAUUAAUGAUUGAAAAAAAAAGAACGCGCGGCGCGAGGAAACCUUUCGAUACGCGGACGCGCGACGAAGCGUCGACGUCUACCUAGAAAACGAAAGAGAGAAGAAGAAAAGAAGAAAUAGAAACGCGACGCGAAUCUCGCAUCACGUAGCAUGUUCAAGGCGGGCAGGCGGGCUAUACCCCGGUUCUCGCGUCUUGCCAUCGGUCUCUCAAUCUUUAAUUCUCCAACUUUGAUUUCGGAAACGUGCCAAGUUCUCGACUUGGCUCGUACACGUCCCAGGUAGAGUUCUAAAAAAUCAGAAAUGUGACAUAAGAAGGGAUAAUCUGUUAUCUGCUAAAAAGUAUUAUAGUCUAAUUGGCUAUCAUAAUAAGGAACUAAAAUGGCACUGUGAUUACGUGAUUUAUAAAGCCAAUCAGUAUCCAUAUUAGGUGCCCAUAAAGAACUAAUAUGAUAGCAGCGAACUAAUUAGAUUAAUCGACCCAAUGUCAUUUCUCUGAUUUUCUAGAACUCUAGUCCCAGAUAACAAGCUGAUGUUAUUUGUUGUCAUUUUAAUGACAUUAGACAUUAGAAAAAUGACAUCAGCUUGUUACUUGGUAUCCACGCAUUCGUACCUCUCGCAACGUCUGUGUGCCAAAUAUUAGAACAAAAGAGGAAACGCAGUACUCGUGUACUUUUUUCUAAGAUAAUUAUACACCCAUAAUUAUCCGGCUAUUCGUUCUUUCUUCAUCAUAGUAGGGCGAGCGUAAGGUUCUACGUAGGUGAUCAUCGUAUAUAAAUAUUAUACAUAUAUACAUACGUAUUAUAUAUAUAAAUAUAUACAUACACGCGCUACACUACGCGCGGAUGGGAAGGAGAUUUAUAUGAAUAUAUACACGUAAGUGGAGAUAUAGGUAGGUAGAGCUAAGUACAUAAUAUAUAAAAUUGUAUAUUUCAUAUACAUGAAAUAUAUAACUCUGCAGUCGUACACAUAUACACGCCGCACACAAAGCUGCAGAACGAUUUCUUUUUUCGGAUGACGAUGAAGUGACACGUAUAGAAACGCGUUUGUACACGACGACGGUCCUAACGUGCACUGCAGACGUGACUUUUAUCAGAAAAAACUUGUUAGAGCAAUUGUCUACCGUAUGUGUAUAAAAUAUACACGCAUCCA